UCUGAAGGUCAAUCAAUGACACAAGCUCUUAGAUCUUUAAUCAAACUUUAUGAACAUAGACAUACUCUGAGUGUGACGGAAAUGAAAGAAUUUACAGACAUAUAUGAGAAACUUACCAAAUUUUAUGAAGAUUGUGGGUUAAAUCUGAAGAAGAUGGAAGGAGGAUCAAUAGUAUUUUAUCUAUCAGUAAUUGAUCCUAAUGCUUUGAUGCACCUAUGGGAAAUACAUUCUAGCGGAAAGCUCAUAAAAGGUUUGGCACACAUAUUAGUCCCAAAGGAACAUCAGGAAGAGUUCUUAAAUGAAUGGAUGACAUACAUCGAUGAAAAUGAAUACAAAAUUAUACUGAGUAGGCUGAAGGAAAAAGAACAAUCAACAAUGACACCCAAAGUUGAGAAGAAAGGAUUAGUAAAUACCAUCCAAAUUAACAAACACUCUAUUAGGGAUGUAGUUAAGUAUGAAGAUGAUUGCUUGCUUGUUUCAUGUGCAACAAAUGAAAUACUCAAGUACAAACAAUCAGGAGAAUAUAUUGGUAAAGUUACACUACCACAAGGCAUGAAAGUUUACAGAAUGUACAAAAUGAUGAAUGGUAACAUAGUAUUCAGUGAUUAUGUUCAUCGAAAACCUGUCAGAAUAUGCAAUAUGAAUGGUCAGGUGAUAAAAACAAUUGGUGAGGGAGUAUUAAGGUCAUUGCGUGGUAUUCAUGUGGAUGAGAUAUCUAAUAUUUUGUAUGUAGCAGGUAGGAUCAGUAGCUGUGUGUACAUGUUUGACAUGAAUAAAAAUGAAACCAUCAAAGAGAUAGGGUCACAAGGCACAAAAGGAGGUCAAAUGAGGAAUGUCAUUGAUAUUAAUUUAACAAAGCAUGGACACCUUCUUGUAUUGGAGAGUGAAUAUUUAGGUACUGGAACCAGUAGAUUACAAUUAUUUGAUAAUGAGGGAAGGUUCAUGAAAAUCCUUGUAGAAUCAGGAGAUGAAGAUGGUAAGGUGAGCUUUCCACGUGCACUAGUAGUUGAUGAGGACGAAAACAUCAUUAUAUCAAGUCAACACAAACUACAGCUAUUCAGUAGUGAUGGAAAUUUUAUUAAAAGAAUUGAUGGACCAGAAGAUGGAGUCAACAAUCCAAAGGGAUUAUGCAUAAUUUCAUAUCAUCCAAGGAGACUUGCAGUAGCGAAUGAUUGGGACAAAACUGUAAAAAUAUUUAACUAUUAAAUACAGUCCAUUUGCUUCACUUCAUGUGUGUUGUUUUCGUCAAUUUUAAAUUUGUAUACAUUGAAUGAAUAUUUACAUAUUUAUUAUUUCACAUCAUCCAUAUAAAGUAAUAUUUAUCCAAUACAAGUAUAUCAAUAUAGAGUUAAAGUUAUGGUUACUAAACUGGUAGACAAUACUGUAGCCUUACACCCUCAAAAUU